GACGCACCGCUUGUUCACCACGGAAAUCAAACAAAAUAUUUGAAAAAUGUCAGGCGGACCAAAAAAGAAAAAAGAAGGUGGUGGAGAGCCUUUAUUUGACCUUGAGCAACAGUUCAUUAUGAGACUUCCUCCUGGUCCUGCGGAUGCACUGAGACAAGAACUGAAGAAUGAAAGUAUUUACCUCAAGGACAGACUCAGUAUAGAGCUACAGUCAGACCUUAGAAGGGGAGCAAUCAGAUAUGGAAAUGAGUACAUUCCAGCUAAGAUGGUGGACUUGCCAUGUAUUAUAGAAUCACAGAAGACAGUGGACAUGAAAACAUUCUACAAAACUGCAGAUAUAUGCCAGAUGUUGGUUCCUACAACGGAAGAAGACAUUGCCCAUGAUGAGAAUGAAACACCAGCUAAUAAAAAGAAAGGAGAUAAAGAUAAGAAAUUCAUCUGGAACCAUGGAAUAACCCCACCAUUAAAGAAUGUGAAAAAGAAGAGAUUUAGAAAAACAUUAAAGAAAAAGUACAUGGAUCAACCAGAUAUUGAGAAGGAAGUGAAGAGAUUAUUCCGUGCGGAUGCGGAGGCAAUCAGUGUCAAAUGGGAGCUGAUCACAGAGGAUGAUAAAGGGGCCACAGAGAAAGUUGAGGGAACUGGAGGACCAGGACAGGGCGGAUCUUUUAAACGGACAGAUACAGCUGCUAGUCUUGAUAUAGAUAUAUUUGGAGAGUUGAGUACUUCUGAUGAGGAUGAUGAAAAAGAUGUGAAUAUAAUGGACAGUGAGGAGGAUGUAACUCGGCAACAGAACUACCUGAAGAUGGAAGACAGUAAUUCACAGCAGAUCAAACAAGAAGACCUCAUCAAUCUAGACAGCUUUGUACUACCAGUUGGUCAGGGACUGGAGGAUUCACAAGCAUCGGCAGAUAUGCAGAUGAAGCUCAGUGAUUUAGGGAGUCAGCUUGAAGAUAUGACACAGGACAUGAAAAGAGAGACACUUGAUGCUACAAAAGAUAUAUUAGAUAGUUAGCAGUAACCUGCAGCACUUAAAGUACAUUUGUUGUGAAAAAAUCUGCAGCAAGGAACACUCCAAAGUGUAGAGAAUACAAAAACUUGUUCUUAGUACAUGGUAGAUGUACAGCCAUAUAACAGAAACCUGUAGUAGAACAGGAUUUUACCGGUGUUCCAGCAAAGUUAAUGUAUGAUGGCAUACACAGCACUAAUCCUCGAAUAGGAACAAAUUUCAGAUUGUUACUGAAUGGGAGACAAUACAGGUUUAUUUAACAAGUGAAGUAUGUUACCUGAUCUACCUGGGAUGGUUAUGGAGUAACAUUUAAUUUAGCUCUUUGAGGCUUAGCUGUUCCUAACUGAUUGUUACCGCUAUACAUCAAGAUUGAAAUUGAUCAACUUUAGAUAAAGGGAGCGUGCAAAAUUCUCAACCUGUGUAAGAACAAAUGGAUAUACUGCUGACAUGAAUGGAGGUACACUCACUGAAUUUUCAUGACAUAUUCCAGCAUUCAGUGAAGUUAAUCCAAGUAGAGUAUACAUAAAAUACUUCCAAUUUUGCACUUUUUGUGUCCUGUUCCACCCCCCCACCCCACAAAGUUUUUUUUGCAGGGAGGGGAGCACCUAGAGUUGCCCUUGUCCGUUCAUCGGUCAGAAUUUGUGUUGUACAUAUCUCAAAAAGUAUCAGGCCCAGAGUCAUCAAACCUCACAGGAUUGUUAUUUAGCACUGGAAGUUGUGCACCUGAUGUUUUAAUUUAGAUCUCACAAAGUCAGACCAGAGAAAUGACCCUUGACUUAGUUGAAAAUAAUGCAUAAAAAAAGGCCUAAGUUUGUGUCACAUGUAUCUCAAAAUGUAUUUUGUAUGUAAAAUUUCCCCCCUUUGUUGUGGGGAUCACUCUACUAAAUUAGUUUGUAGAUAUACAAAACACAAAUCAUUACUCAAAUUACAUUUUAAUCUACGCUUAAGUCAUGUUAUAAUGAUUAUGUACAGCAAUUGUUUCAAAAUCAGUUUUCUUUCUCUCACACAUAUUUGUGACUUUGUAACCUCAGAAAUCCCAGAAAAAGCCAGAUAAACCUAGAAAAGCACAGAAAACAUGAAAACAACCCCUUUAUACCAGUUACAAGAUACUAAAAGCUAUCCCCCUGAUAUAGAAUGUUGUCUCAUAAAUUAUAGCAUUAUCCUUGCCAGCUAGGUAGCCAAAACCCUAGAGAUUUAUGGAGCUACAUGUUGACAUACACACUGACCCUAGCUGACCCCAGCAUCCUGAAGAAAGAAGCAGAGAUUCUCUGCAAUGAAAUACUCUUAAGGGAAAGAAAAUAAGACCACAUUUAAAAUAUUUAUAAAAUUAUAACAAUUUGACCCAGGAUUAUGAAUUACAGAAAUAUUAUUCUGCAUGUGAAGUUGUGCACCUGGGGUUAAGGUAAAGAUAUCAUUCUGUCAGACCAGAAUUAUGGCCUUUGACUUAGUCAAAAAUAUGUAUAUAAGGACAUAAAAGUUUGUGUCGCACAUAUCUCAAAAAGUAUUUGACCUAGGGUCAUGAAACAUCAUAGGAAUAUUAUUCAGCAUGUGAAUUGUUUAUCUUGGAUUUUGUUCCGGUUUUCUUUCUGUCAGACCAGAGUUAUGGCCCUUAAUUGUCAAAAAUAUGCAUAAAGGGCAUAAAAGUUUGUGUUGCAUGUUACUCAAAAAGUAUUUGAGUUAAGAGUCAUAAAACAUUAGUGAAUUGUUAUGUAGCUUGUAAAGUUACGCACCCGGUGUUCUGUUUGGAAUUUUACACAACCAGACAAGAGUGAUGGUCCUUGACUUAGUGAAAAAUAGACAUUUUAUGUGUAAAAGUUUGUGUUGCAUACAUCUUAUAAAAUAUUUCACCUGUCAUGAAACCAAGUAGGAAAAUUAAUUAUUAUCCAGCAUGUGAAUUUGUGCACCUGAGGUUUUUUUUUAUUUGAUUUUGCAAGAUUAAGGUUAUGGCCCUUGACUUAGUCAAACAAUCAAAGUUUGUGUCCCAUGUAUAUCAAAUUGUGCUUGACCUAAAGUCAUAGAGUCAUUAUUAGAGGAUAAAUAUUUAGCAUGUGAAGUUGUGCACCUGGUAUUCUCUUUGGAAUCUCACUUAACUAGGCCAGACUUAUGGUCCUUCUUUUAGUGAAAAAAGUGCUUAAAAGUUCAGGUUGCAAAUGUCUUUUUUAAAAGAUUUCACCUAGAGAAAACCAUGUACAGUAUACAAGUGGGAUUGUGUCCGAUGGAAACACAUCUAGUAACAUACUAAUUCCCAAAUCACAGCAAAUUUUUAUUUUUCUGCAUAAUAUUUUUACACAAAACUAUGAUAAAAUCUGUUUAACAAAUUACACUUAAAGUUGAAGAAGUUUCUCAAUUCCGUUCAAUGGCCACCCUGGUGUCUUGUAUUGGCCAAGGUAGACUGAGCCACUUUGAAAAUUCACUGUACCUUAUUUGUCUCGUGACUGACAUGUCUGUGUCACUGUUUUUAGCUCCACUAUUCGGAGAAUAGGGGUGUUAUUCUACUCGCCCCGGCGUCGGCGUGAGCUUUCUUGGUUAAAGUUUUUCGGCAACCUUUGUUUUUCUUUGUUACUAUUGCUUGUGUCUUACUGUAACUUCACAUUAACAUUGUUCAGCAUGGAAACAAAGUAUGUGCUGGGGCUGGACCCAUCAUAUCCAGGGUCAUGGUCACCAGGGUGUUAUACUUAGGUCAUUAGCCCACCAUCAUCAGAUGGUGGGCUAUUAAAAUCACUCUGCGUCCGUGGUCCGUCCGUCCGUCCGUUAACAAUUUCUCGUUAUCGCAUCUCCUCAGAAACUACUAGGGGGAUUUUGACCAAACUUUGUCAGAAUGAUGUAUUGGUACCCUAGUUGUGUCCCCCUGAAAAUCAGACUGGUUCAACAAUUUAUGAGUGAGUUAUGGCCCUUGGUUUAUUUCUAUAAUUUAUAUAGGGAAAAACUUUGAAAACCUUCUUGUCCAAAACCACAGAGCCUAGGGCUUUGAUAUUUGGUAUGAAGCAUCAUCUAGUGGUCCUCUACCAAGAUGAUUCAAAUUAUUUCUCUGGGGUCAAAUAUGGCCCUGCCCUGGGGGUCACAUGGUUUAUAUAGACUUACAUAGGGAAAAACUUUGAAUAACCUCUUGUCCAAAACCACAGGACCUAGGGCUUUGAUAUUUUGUAUGUGACAUCAUCUAGUGGUCUUCAACUAAGAUUGUUCAAAUUAUACCCCUAGGGUCAAAUAUGGCUCCGCCCUGGGGGUCAUAUGGUUUACAUAGACUUAUAUAGGGAAAAACUUUGAAAAUCUUCUUGUCCAAACCACAAAGCCUAGGGCUUUGAUACUUGUAAUGUAGCAUCAUCUAGUGGUUCUCUACCAAGUUUGUUCAAAUUAUCCUCCUAGGGUUAAAUAUGGCCACGCCCCGGGGGUCACAUGGUUCAUAUAGACUUAUAUAGGGAAAAACUUUUAAAAUGUUCUUGUCAGUAACUACAACAUUCAAACUUGGACCACAUGUAUAUUUUUGAGUGGCAAGAUGAACCUUGACAUGAGUUGACCUUGAUUUUGACCUAGUGACCUACUUUCACAUUUCUGUAGCUACAGCCUUCAAAUUUGGACCACAUGCAUAAUUUUGUGCACUGGAAAAAACUUUGACCUUUAUUUUGACCUAGUGACCUACUUUCACAUUUUUGAAGGUACAGGCUUCAAAUUUGGACCAUAUGCAUAGUUUCAUGUUUCAAAAUGAAAUUUGACAUUGAUUUUGACCUAGUGACCUACUUUCACAUUUUUCAAGCUACAGCGUUCAGAUUUGGACUACAUGCAUAGUUUUGUGUACCGAAAAAAACUUUGACCUUGACAUUGACCUAGUGACCUACUUUCACAUUUUUGAAGGUACAGGCUUCAAAUUUGGACCACAUGCAUAGUUUUUUAUUCUGAAAUAAAAUUUGACCUUUAUUUUGACCUAGUGACCUACUUUUACAUUUCUCAAGCUACAGCCUUCAAAUUUGGACCACUUGCAUAGUUUUGUGUACUGAAAUGACCUUUGACCUUUACAUUGACCUAGUGACCUACUUUCACAUUUUUAAGGUACAGGCUUCAAAUUUGGACCACAUGCAUAGUUUUGUAUUCCGAAAUAAAAUUUGACCUUGAUUUUGACUUAGUGACCUACUUUUACAUUUCUCAAGCUACAGCCUUCAAAUUUGGACCACAUGCAUAGUUUUGUGUACGGAAACAAACUGACAUUUACAUUGACCUAGUGACAUACUUUCACAUUUUUUGAAGGUACAGGCUUCAGAUUUGGACCACAUGCAUAGUUUUGUAUUCUGAAGUAAAAUUUGACCUGGAUUUUGACCUAGUGACCUACUUUCACAUUUCUCAAGCUACAGCCUUCAAAUUUGGACCACUUGCAUAGUUUUAUGUACCGAAAUGAACUUUGACCUUAAGAGUGACAGGGUGGCCACCGACUCUGGAAAACAGGGAAAACAGGGAAAAAGGCUAAAAAAAAUUCCCUGCAUGGAAAAUUCAGGGAAUUUGAUAAUUUUGAAAAUAUCAGGGAAUUAUCAGGGAAUUUUUCAAAAAUUGAAAUAAAAAAUUUAAAAGACUGUAUAAUUAUGUCUUGGCUACUGGUGGUUUCUCUUCAUAAUAGUUACAUUUAUUUUAUAUACCGUAAUACAGAAUACUAUACUUAGCAAAUGCACUCACUGUUUGAUGAUUCUAAAACUGUUAUUCAUCAACUAUAAGAGAUAUGUUUUUGUUUCUAAAAUGGAGAGAAGUUAAAAUGGAAUUGAGCAACCAUUGCCCCAGAGCUCAAAUACUAAUACAUUGUACUUUGAAAGCAAGCAGAAGUUGUUACACAACUAAAAACUAAAAUGAAUUGAGUGUCAGUACAUUACUGACAUUAACAAAAUGUAUACCAACAUUCGAAUCAUGCAUUAGAAGCACCUGUGUAUUGAUAGAAGUUGCUUGUUAGACUUUUGCUAGUUAGUAACAAACAUUAGCAUUGGUCUUGAAUAGCAUAGUUAUGAAAUGUAUUUUUAAAAACCGUAAGAUUAGCAACUUCAUGAGAAAACUCUUUGGCUUUGAAACCAGUAAAGGAAUCAAGACUAGCCUGUACAUUUUGUGUAGUCUGAUCAGGAUCCAUGUUGUUUGUUUGUGCACAUUAACUGUAACAGCCAUAGGUCUAUAAAAUUAAAAUGAACAGGAUGGUUCCUGAUCAGAGUACAGGCUUUUUUAAUCCAUACGGGCCACAAAGUCAUUAUGCUGGGGUCCCAUGUCAUGACUUGAGUUUUAAACUCAGUUUACCAGAAAGAUGAAUUGUUUUUAUGAAUGCAAGGAGGUGUUAACAGUUGUAUGCUAAUUUAGUGACUAAUUUAUUUUUGAGGAAACUUUAAUGUCAGUUUUUGAAGACCAUUUGUCUAGAUUUAAUAUUUUUAUUUUUAAGUUAAAAGUUAAAACUGCAGGAAAAGUUAUUUCCCACUGCCUCAUAUAAGUAACUAAAGUGCUGGAUUGUUUAUGUGUAUAUGUAACAUCCUGUUUUGAUUUACAUAGUUAUACUAACAUUAAUAGUGUUUUAAAUUCAAAGUGAAAACUGCUGUUACUGGUAGUUUUGUGAGUUGGCUUGUUAGAAACCUGAAUUGCUAGAAUGUUUGUGAUGUAGAACAUUGAUAAUGUUUCUAAAGUUCUAUAUUUGUAAUUAUAUUUGCUUAAAGGCUUAUUUGUAACCUUCUGCUUUAAUAUGCGGUAUGAUUAUGAAGAUUAUGAAGAUUGUAGUGUCUUUGUGGCAUUGUAAAAGAGAAUGUUAAAUAUCAGGCUCAGUUCAUUUACAUUAAAACAUGAUAACUGAUUAAAGCUGUAAUCACAUUGUUAAUUUGAAUAAUCAAUGUUAUAGGCAAUAAAAGACACUGGAAUUAGUAUCACAACAAGUUACAAAAUAAAUAAUGGUAUGUACAUGUAUGUGAAAUGUAAGUCAUUGCUGCUGAAGUAUUGUAGUUUUCUUUUUUGAGCUGUUUUGAGUUGUUACUUACCAUGCUUACUACUCAUACUGAAGUUGCUCAUUGAGAUCUUAAAUUACCUAUAUAAUUGAUUAUUCAAACAGGAUUCUGAAAAUAAAAUAAAUAAUGAGUAUAUUUUCAAAAUAUAAUAAAUAAAUAUAUUUUGGUAUGUAUAUAAAAUAGUUGUAAAAUAAACAAGUUUAUUGGUGGAGAAAGUAUGGCUAGAAGGGGAGGAUGGAGGCCAUAAUAUUACUACAUUAUUUAUAUUCACAAUUGUUGCUACGCUGAACAAAGUAUCAGGGAAACUGACUAUCCUGUCAGGGAAAAGUCAGGGAAUUAUCAGGGAAAUUUACUUCAGAUUUUUGGUGGCCACCCUGAUUGACCUAGUGACCUUCUUUCACAUUUCUGUAGCUACAGGCUUCAAAUUUAGGACCACAUGCAUAGUUUUGUGUACCGAAACAUACUUUGACCCUGACAUUGACCUAGUGACCUACUUUCACAUUUUUGAAGGUACAGGCUUCAAAUUUGGACCACAUGCAUAGAUUUGUGUUGUGUACGGAAAUGAAAUUUGACCUUGAGCUAGUCAGUAAGUCUUGAAAUUUGGAACACUCAAAAAUAGCACAUUGGUGGGCGCCAAGAUCACUCUGUGAUCUCUUGUUUUUAAGGUUUAAUGUUUUUCGGCAACCUUUGUUUUUCUGUCAUAUCGUUGUUACUAUUGCUUAUAUCUUACUGUAACUUCACAUAAACAUUGUCCAGCAUACAAACAAAGUAUUUGCAGGGGCUGGGCCCAUUAUACCCAAGGUCAAGGUCACCAAGUUGUUAUACUUGGAAUUAUUUUCAUGUUAAACUUUUUCGAAAGCUUCGUUUAUAGACAUAUCUUUGUAUGUAAGUAGAGUUCUCUUAUUGAGACAUAAAUUCAUUUUACUGUCAAAUCACUGAAUAGUGGAGCGUGCUGUCUUUUGGACAGCUCUUGUUAAUAUUGUGCGCUUUCUCAGUCUUAAACUGACCCACCCGCUUAGCUCAGUAGGGAGAGCGUUGGUCUACGGAUCCCGGGGUAGCGAGUUCGAUCCUUGUGCAAGGCGUAUGUUCUCUGUGACGAUUUGAUAAACAUGAUAAAAGACAUUGUGUCUGAAAUCAUUCGUCCUCGAUCUCUGACACUUCAUGUGGGGAAGUUGGCAGUUACUUGCGGAGAACAGGUUUGUACUGGUACAGAAUCCAGGAACACUGGUUAGGUUAACUGCCCGCCGUUACAUAACUGAAAUACUGUUGAAAAACGGCGUUAAACCCAAAACAAACAAACAAACAAACAGUCUUAAACUGUGCAAAUAAUUUCCCUUCAUACGACCAACAUUUCAGUAUGUCCUGUUGCUUUUUUACGAAGCCAGUACCAAAUUGUUCAAUGGAGUUAAAUCUUCAUUUAUAUAAAUGCCACAUCUUAGUUAUGAAGAGCUCCCGCCAAUUUCGUAACAUCUGUUUCAAUUCUCGUUGAACAACAUGGACAAUAAUCUGCCUAUUUUUUCCAGGUUCGUAAUCUCUAAUUCUAUGAGCAAUGCUAGAGCUAAAAAUAGAAAAACAAUUUUAAAUGAGUUCUUCUUAUGACUUUUUCCCAAAUUUAUUCAAAUGUGGGCACUUGACCCCUUUCAGGGGCUAUUAUUAGCUGUAAAUAGAAAAGCUUUUAAACGACUUCAUUUCAUGAACCACUUGGUGGAUCUUCAUCAAACUUGGUCUGAAUCAUCAUUAUAGUGUUCUCCUUAAUGUCGCACUUACCUGGUUUCAUCUGUACUAAUUGCUUGACAGCCGCCCAGUAUAGAUGAACAUAGCACUCUCGUUGCAUAUGUCAGUUGUCAGUAAUGAGUGUUGAACGUUUUCUAUUACAGGACAUGCUUGUGCAAUCCUGUUGUGACCACUACCAGAGCAUGGCAGGUUCUAUGUAGUAUCAACAGCAUGCAGAAACUGAGAUAUUCUAUCAUAUCUGUCUCUCAUAGUUCUCUAUCUUAUGCUACAUGUUCUUAACAUGUCAUAGUAGUUGUAGAUUCUUAGGGCUACCUAAAUUAGCACCAGCACUGUUUGAAAUCCUAUGUAUGCCUAGAUGUUUCUUCCAUUAAAUUUUGCAAUUUUGGGUCUGAUUUCCUCUGAUGCUGUAUCGAUGCAUAUCUCCUUUUUCUCCCUCACAGUGUUGUCUUAGAUUUCUGACUGGAAUAUCUGUUGGAAGAACUUAAUCCUUGCCUUGUCAUUGUCUUAAAUUUUAACUGAUUUAGGGUUACCAUCAGUACUUCGAUGCAUAUUCAAUGCAAGUUAUUUGUCCUAGCAUUGUUGCAGAAUUAUAAUCUAUAUUGGAAUGUUGUCACUGGAAUUGCAGGCUGUAAUUUCCACAAAGGAAACAUAGACAUGAUUUGAAAUAUCAUAGUCAUAAUUAUGGUUAACCCUUUUCUUUUGAAUGGUGGUAUGUUGAAAUUUAAUACACAAAGUCUAAAGAAUGCCCUUUUGCAUAUGAUAAAAUGCAAUAAAAUAAGCAGUUAUAUUUAUUGACUAUAAUAAUUAUAUAAAAUACAGCUACUAAAUUUUAGUGGUCUGUAAGUUAUCAGUACAGGAUUUUUGAAAUUUUGAUGUAUGUCUCACAUAGAUGCUGUCUGCAGUUUCUUCGAUAACCAUUGACUGGUAGUCAUGGUCCAUCACCGUCGCAAGGCUGACAAUAAAUUAUGAGGUCUUCAUUAGAUCCCAUGUAAUUUUCAGUCAGAUGCUUGUGGAUGAGUGCGAUGUGUAGAAAAGGUCUGUCUCUUAUGAAACAAGUCUCACAUGGAUUCUUUCUGCAGUUUCUUCAAUAACCAUUGACAGGUAGUCAUGGUGCAUCACGGUCACAAGGCUGACAAUAAAUUUUGAGGUCUUCAUCCGAUCCCAUGGAUGUCUCACUCAGAUGCUUUCUGUGGAUGAGUGCGAUGUGUAGAAAAGGUCUGUUUCUUGUGAAACAAGUCUCACAUGGAUUCUGUCUAUAGUCUCUUCAAUAACCAUUGACAGGUAGUCAUGGUGCAUCACAGUCACAUGGCUGACAAUAAAUUUUGAGGUCUUCAUCCGAUCCCAUGUGUAUGGCGAUGAUGAAAAUUGUUUUGGCAUCUUUUUCCCUAGGACAGCCAUGUUUUAACUGAAAAAUAGGAUUAUUAAGUUUGUUGUUUAUUUUCAUUUUAUUUUCAGCUUACCUUAAUUGACAGUUGAUCUAUUAGUAUAGGUAGAUGAUUCAGUGUCCGUAGUCAGACAUCCACAGUUAUAAUGUUAACACACACAUAUAUCUAUUGUCAGAAUAUUUGCUUAAAUAAAAUCUCUGAUGAACUGAAGAAUUUGAUAGCGGUAAAAAAAAUCAGCUCCCUAAUUAGGUCAUAGAAAAACUUUGUUGACACUCUACAUGUCACAAUUUCUACCUGAUUUACAUGAAAUUGUGUCAGAUUGAGAAUGGUUGUAUUUAUACAGUCUGGGUCAAGUUUAAAACUGGUUCAUUAGGGGUCAAAACUAGGCCACUAAGUCAAAUCAUUGAUUACCUAAUGAACAAGUUAGAGUCCAUGUUUUCUAACUGAUCUUUAUGAAACCUAGUUAGAAUAUUUGUCUUUAUAAAUAAUAGGUCAACUUCAAAACUGGCAUUGGGCCAGAUCAGAGAAAAACAUUAAUUACAUUUUAGAGGUCACGUAGUUCCAUGAAACAUAGUAAAAAUGUUCACAUGCCCCUAAAUACAAAGACCUGGGAGGCAUAUAGAGCUUGAAAUGACUGCCCUUUCAUCAGUCCAUCGUUCAACAUGAAGUGAACAUUGGCAUGUUAUCAGGACUUUCAGUCAGUUGUUUUUAUGCCCCCACCCCCUUCCUCCUUGUUCUGCAGCUGCAGAAUCCAACCGUUACAGAUGAAAUGUGUUAUGUGUUUUUAACAUGAAGUGUAUAUGCACAUAAUACCUAGACUUUCAUGUUUAAUUUAGUUACACCCCUCCUUUUGACUAAACCAUGUUAAAAUUACAUCUAUACCUUGGGUACUCAACUCCUACAGUUUCUAUCCAGUUCAAAUGGAACUUGGUAUCCAUCAUCAGCAUGAAGUAGAAACGCACAUGUCUUCUUCUAUCAAGCAUUUUCAGGGGGCAUGUUUCAUACAAUGUUGACAUCAUUCUUAUUGGUAUCUAGGUCAUUUUUAACCGGGUUCAUCUUGGAUAAAAAAUUAGGUCACAAAGUCAAGACGUAGUAAAUCGGUAUUAUUUUCCCUAUUUCAACAUUUUCCACUGAUGUGAUUUAAACUGUGUCUUUACAAUAUCUGUGUCAAGUUUGAGACUCGGUUAUCUUGAGUAAAAAAGGUUAAGUUGUAGAAAGUUCUUGUCUUUUCCUAGCAACACCUUUCCACAUGAUUUUCGUAAAUUUUCUUCUCUGAAAUAAGAUUAUUAGAGUGUUUACUUUUAUGAAAUCAGUAGCUAAUGCUAAACUGUCACAUAGACAUAAAACUAGGUCAUAGGGGAAAAAAAUAGAAAGAAUUUAUUGACACACUAGAAAUCAGUUUGUCUGGAUCUUCAUGAAACUUCCACUAAAUACAAUUAAUAUACAUUUAUGGUCUAGGUCAGGUGAGAGACUUAUGUUACUGAAUGUCUUAAAUUGAAUUUUAUUUUAAUUGAAUUUAUAAAAUAAUAAUAAUAUUAUAGUGAUAUCAGUCCAUCUGUCUGUCUGUUUCAAAAGUCUUUUUGCAUUUUAAUGCUGCUACCAUGGGGGUGUGGGACAUAUAGUGUCACACCUGUCCAUGUGUGUGUCCAUAAUAUGUGAAACUGUGUGCACAAAAUCCUGUCCACUGUAUAAUUUUGUUUUGCAUGGUUAUACUCUGGGGGCUGUUUUAUCAACAUCCAACGAUGUGUCACAGGCAUGUAUUUGUCUAAAGAGGCCUAUUCAGCUUUUAAAAACAUGAAAGGAUUGUAUUAGCCAAAAGGAUAAGCAGGUUUUUUUUAAAUGUUCCUACAGAUAGUAUUCGCAAGAUAAAGUAGGUCAAGUACUCUCAUUUGUUUAUAAACACUUGUGUUGGCGGGGUUAGGGGACCAUAAUCACUUCUUUGUAGUUUCGGACCAAAACUUGGUCCUGUCAGUGGCUGUACUUCUUCCCUAGUUUUUCGUUACCAGUCACCUCCUCAGCUAAAAAUGCCACCUCUCCCGCGCUUCACUUUUUUUUGCCACUUUAUCCUCUGUCAUAAUCAGUAAUCAACAAUUACCUAGACUGUGUCUCAUGUGAAUUACUGUUUACGACGAAGUCUGCGACAUUGGUUCUGUGACACCUUCCAUUAAACUGUCGUAAGACAAUGUUGCAGAAUAACUCUGGGUGGUCUCUUUUUUAGCUCACCUGAGCAUGAAGUGCUCAAAGGUGAGCUUUUGUGAUUGCCCUGUGUCUGUCGUACGUCGUUGUCCGUCCGUCGUCCGUCCGUCGUCAACAAUUUGACUAUUAUCACUCUAGAGGUCACAAUUUUUGUCCAAUCUUAAUGAAACUUGGUCAGAAUGUUACUCUCAAUUAAAUCUUAGACAAAUUUGAUAUUGGGUCAUCUGGGUCAAAAACUAGGUCACCAGGUCAAAUCAAAGGAAAAGCUUGUUAACACUCUAGAGGUCACAAUUUUGACCCAAUCUUAUUGAAUUUUGGUCAGAAUGUUACUCACAAUUAAGUCUUGGACGAGUUCGAUUUUGGGUCAUCUGGGUUAAAAAACUAGGUCACCAGGUCAAAUCAAAGGAAAAGCUUGUUAACACUCUAGAGGGCACAAUUUUGGCCCAAUCUUACUGAAAUUUGGUCAGAAUGUUACCCUUAAUAAAAUCUUGGACGAGUUUGAUAUUAGUUCAUCUGGGGUCAAAAACUAGGUCACCAGGUCAAAUCAAAGGAAAAGCCUCUUAACACUGUAGAGGCCACAUUUAUGACUAUAUCUUCAUGAAUCUUGGUCAGAAUGUUUAUCUUGAUAGUCUCAAGGUCCAGUUUGAAUCUGUGUCAUGUAGGAUCAAAAACUAGGUCACCAGGUCAAAUCAAAGGAAAAGCUAGUUAAAACUGUAGAGGCCAUAUUUAUGACCAUAUCUUAAUGAAACUUGGUCAGAAUGUUAAUCUUGAUGAUCUUUAGGUCAAGUUUUAAUGUGGGUCAUGUGGGUUCAGAAACUAGGUUACUAGGUCAAAUCAAAGGAAAAGCUUGUUAACACUGUAGAGGCCACAUUUAUAACUUUAUCUUCAUGAAACUUAGUCAGAAUGUUAAUCUUGAUGAUCUUUAGGUCAGGUUCGAAUCUGGAUCAUGUGGGGUCAAAAACUAGGUCACCGGAUCAAAUCUGAGGAAAAGCUAGUUAACACUUUAGAGACAACAUUUAUGACCAUAUCUUAAUAAAACUUGGUCAGAAUGUUAAUUUUGAUGAUCUUUAGGUCAAUAGGUCAGGUGAGCGAUACAGGGCCUUCAUGCCCCUUUUGUUUAAUUAUCUCCCUUUUUAGCUUGACUAUAGGAAAUAUAUGGAAAGCUUUCCUACUCAUCGCAUCAGUGUUGGCGUCUUUCCGCGUCCCCACCUUGGUUAAAAAUUUUUUACAUUUUUUUUAUUUUUCUCAUCUCUAUAAUUACUUGAUGGAUUACUUGAUGGAUUUGCUUUAAUCUUAAAAUGGUUAUUCCUCAUCAUCAACCACAUCAUAUGGCACAAGGGCCGUAACUCUCACACCAAUAUUUCUUGAAUUAUCCCCUUUUUACUUAUUGAAUUUGAGGUUAAUUUUGAUGCAUUUUCACUAUGUCUUAGUUAUUGUGAAACGGAUCUGAUUCAGACUUGAAGUAGUUGUUCCACAUCCUCACCCACAUCAUAUGACACAAGGUACAUUACUUUUUCAUCAAUAUUUUAUGAAUUAUGCCCUCUUUUUGCUUAGAAUUGUACUUCUGUAGUGUUUUGAUAGUCUUUAUCUUUAUCUCUCUUGUUACUUAAUAUUUUUGACACAGACUCAACCUAUUGUGCAAUAUCUUCAUCCACCAUUGGAGUCAUUAAACACUCGAGUGACAGCUCCAGUUUCCUCAUAUGUGCCCAGUUUCACUAUCCAGCAUCGAAAUAGUAGAGUGCGCUGUCUCCUGUGACAGCUUGUUUGUCUUUCUCUUGUUUACUUUUAAUGAGAAUAGUGUGCAACAUAUUUAAUAUUAUUGUUGUUAUUAAACCAAUAAGAGAAAU